AAGUUUCAGAAGAAUUUGUCAUUGUUGUUAUUUGCGAAUUUCCAUUAGCUUUAACCUUGGGUGUAGAGGAGCUGGCGGGGAGAUAAAAAAUACAUAAACGAAGCCCUGCAAGCAACGAAACGUUUAGUAAUGUUUCCCAUUCAGCUAACGCGUAUUCGGUGGUAGACGUUCAUUUUUUUCUUACGUUAAAUACACGUUUUAGAAACAAAUUGUGUGCGAUAGAUAUAAUUUUUUUUUUCGUUCAAUUAUUUUAUCGUUACAAAACCUGCAAUAUUGUGAUAGGUAUCGAUGUUCAGUGAUGCCAAUUAAUUAUGGUGGCCCUAGGCAUGAUGGCAUGCAUGACCUUCACGUUGUUUUGGGGUAAAAAUCCAUUUUCCGCUACAAUGACGCCCAGGGGUCGAUGCGAAGGUUGUUGUCCAAUAAACGAAAAAGAGGACAUCGCAUUUUUUUCAUAUUCGAGGAACAAUCCUUUUCGUCCGAAACGCAUAUACAUCGGCGACGAUGUCUCCCUCCGCGGAGCCAAUAUGAUGCGAAAUUUGACCACAGUCAUCUACGUCCACGGGUUUACAGAGCAAGGAAACUCCAAGGGUGCAGAGACCAUAAAAAAAGCGUAUUUACACCGAGGAGGAGUGAAUAUUAUAAUAGUCGAUUGGAGUCCGAUGUGCGCAUUUCCGUGGUAUAGUCACGCAGUGCUCAAUACACGUAUAGCCGCUAAAUACUUGGCCAAGUUCAUCGAAUAUUUAGUGUCCAGAAGAUUCUAUCUGUCCAAGAUACAUUUAAUUGGAUUUAGUCUGGGCGCGGAAAUAGCUGGGUUCACUGGCAAGAAUCUGAAAAUCGGAAAACUUCCAAGAAUCACAGGACUCGACCCCGCUUUUCCGCUGUACAUGUGGACGGGCAAGAUGGGACACCUGACUCCUUCUGACGCAGAGUUCGUGGAUGUGAUACACACCGACGGAGGUGUAUUCGGAUUUCCGGUGGCCCUAGGUCACGCUGACUUUUUCCCGAACGGAGGUUUUCCACUGCAGCCCGGGUGCACCCUCCGGGAGCUGUCGAAGACCAACCUCAUCACCAGAAUCAUGGCUUGCAGUCACGACAGGGCGUGGGAGUAUUUUGCCGAAUCCGUCAUCAACCCAAUUGGAUUCCCUUCGUUGCGAUGCCUAAACUACGAAUCGUUUACCAACGGCACGUGCUUCAGAGACUUCGCGUACUCCAAGGAACAAAAAGUCCAGUACAUGGGAUUAGCAGUCAACAAACAGAUCAAAGGUCAAUUCUACUUGGCUACCAAGCCGGCGGCACCGUUCGCGUACAAUAAAAUAUACAAACCCUAACACCGCGUGUUUGUACUCGGAACUGUUUUUUUUAGUUUAAGGAAAGAAAAAGAAAAUUAAACUUGUUUCCUACUUUGCAUAAAAAUAUGUUCUUAGAAUCAAUUUGAUUAAAUUAUGCGCUACAUCAAUAUAUUAUACUAUAGCUAAUACAAAUAGUGCAGUAAACAGUUAACUUGGCAGUACCUGUAUAUGCAUAGUAUUGCAUACUAAGUAUAAGACAGUAGAAACUUAUAGAAAGUUUUAAAACAUCGUCCUACGUGUGCGCGUGCUGUUGUAUAAAAUGUAUUUUAAAUUUUGUCUAGACACACGGGAUUUCUAUUAUCGAUACGAACGCCGAUGUACUCUCAAAGUUUUAUCAAAUAUAUACGGGCAUUCAUUCGA